CGAAUCCCGUGGCCAAUCAUAGGAGAGCAAUCGUAUAUACCCCAUGUUGAGUCAAUCGCUUGACUGCCGAGGUGCCUUUCUUACCUUGACAUCGCUAUUGAUACAGUUGAUGAAAAAUCUUCAAAGUAAAUUUAUCGAACCCAGGGCUCAUCAUGUCAACGUUUCGGGAUACUCUUCUUGCUCGCACCGCACCCGAUGGCGAUCUCUUCGGCGUGGUCACAGCAGUUGCCGACCCGACAGGCCGCCUGGUCUUCACUUGCGCAGGCGGUCGGCGCAAAUGGGACAGUUCUGAACAGCCGGAUCUCGACACCACCUACUGGGCCUACUCCUUCACCAAGCUAUUAACGACCAUCGCAGCUUUACAGUGUGUGGAGCGCGGCCAGAUUGGCCUUGAUGAUGCCGUUGAGGGAAUUCUCCCAGAGUUGAAAAACCCGCAAAUUAUCGGCCCCGGCGACAAUGAGGCUGGUACCCAGUUCACACUAACUUCGGCAAUCGGUAAAAUCACCCUUAGACACCUGUUGACCCAUACCAGUGGCGUCGGCUACGAUAUCAUGAACCCGCUUCUCCUUGCCUGGCGCGAAUCCCGAGGCGAGUCCACCAUGUCAAUGUGUGGCGAUGUUGUCAAAGCAUACUCGAUGCCCCUGCUGUUUGAACCUGGCGAGUCAUGGGCUUAUGGCGGAAGCCUGGAUUGGGCUGGACAGGUGGUAGAGCGCCUGACAGGUCAGCGGCUGGGCGAGUAUAUGCAAAAGAACAUCUUUUCUCGCCUGGAAAUGAAGAAUACCACUUUCAACGUCAUCGAGAACCCUCACGUCAAGCAAAAGGUCAUGGAUAUGGUUAUGAGAUCAACAGAUGGCAAGCUAUCUCCCAUAGACAAUAUGUACCCCGAGGAUGCUAAAACCGACAGCGGAGGGAUGGGCGUUUUGACUAGCGUGGGUGAUUACAUCCAGGUCGUGGGCGACUUGAUCAAGGAAAAGCCGCGGCUGCUCCAGUCCGGAACAAGAGAUCAGAUGUUUGAGCCCCAGUUCGAGGCUAUCGGUAAACAAACUGACGGUCUCAUGGCCAUGGGUUUUAUGCACGAGAACCUGACCGGAGGGGAGAAAUCACCGGGUGCCUUUGGAUUUGGAUUAGGAGGGCUGAUUACGCUGAGAGAUACACCCAAUCUGCCAGCCGGAACGCUGAGCUGGGGUGGAAUGCCAAAUCUUGCGUGGUUUGCAAACAGGAAGAAAGGUGUUGCAGCAUGCUACGGAUGCCAAGUCAUACCCCCUUCGGAUGAACCCAGCAUGGCGUUGCUUGCAGAGUUUGCAAAGGAAGCUUGGAAACACAGCUUAGACAAUUAGACCCUGAAAGAUCGAGACCGGUGAUUUAACACUACAAUCUUCCUAUAACGUAGUUGGCCCGAUCCAUACAUAUUGCC